CCCCUUUCCCUUGCAGCGCCUGGGGUGGGGCCUCAGAGACCGGCCCGCGGGCGCUGGGGCCUCAGAGACCGGCCCGCGGGCGCUGGGGCCUCAGAGACCGGCCCGCGGGCGCUGGGACCUGAGGGAGCCGGACUGGCACCGCUCUGCAGGCUUGGGGGGGACGGGGAAGCAAGGGAGAUUCAGGACGAGGAGCUGAGCAGGUUCUGCUCCCGGGUGGUGAAGCUGCUGCAGAAGGAUCCUGGGGCCGAGGCUGUCGAUGCCCUCCGGAGGCUUUUUCUCAUCGUCUCAGCCACAAAAUAUGGCAGGAAGCUAGAGAAGCCCUGCGUGGACCUGUUGCAGGCCACCAUCUGCUCACCCGCGUGCCCUGAGCAGCUCCAGCUCCUCUGUGCCGCCAUCUUGCGGGAGAUGGCCCCAUCCGAGGGCCUCAACCUGUCCUGUGACCACAUUCAGAAGAGCCGCACACUGAGCCUGGCGGCCUCUGUGCUUCUGGCCCAGGGCGACAGGCAAGACGAGGUCCGCAGCGUGGGGCAGCGAGCCCUGCACCUCCUGGAGGCUCGGCAGACCGAGGGACCCGGUCCGCGGGCCCUCCUCCCCGUGGUGUCGAAAGUGGUCAGCCUUGCACCGGGCACCCUGCCCGAAGCCCAGGCCGACAUGCUGCACAGGAGGCUGGUGGACUGGCUGCGCUACGCCAGCGUCCAGCAGGGGGUGGCACAGCCCUCCAGGGGCUUCUUCUCUGCUCCUCGAACAAGGCAGCCCGGGCCUGUCACCGAGGUAGACGGAGCGGUGGCCACCGACUUCUUCACAGUGCUCUCCACGGGCCAGCACUUCACAGAGGACCAGCGGCUGAACGUGCACGCCUUCUCCAUGCUGCGCACCUGGCUGCUGUUCAGUGGCCCUGCCAGCAGAGAUGCUAGCGAUGCAGAUGACAGGUCAGAGCUGGAAGGCUCUACCCUGUCUGUGCUCUCGGCCACCAGCGCCACCGCCAGCCACCUGCUUCCCCCCCAGCAGCAGCUGCGGGCCGGGGCCUUCGAGUACUGCCAGCGCCUCCUGGAGCAGAGCACUCGGCGAGCCCUGCGGAAAGGGGACUCAGACCUGCAAAAGGCUUGCCUGGUGGAGGCCGUGCUGUUGCUGGACGUGUUGUGCAGGCAGGAGCCAUCCUUCCUGUACCGUGCCCUGUCCUGCCUCAAGGCCCUGCUUGGGCGUCUGUGCGGGGACCCGGCCCAAGCCCGCACCUUGCUGCCCAUAGCCCGCUUCCUGCUGAGCCACGGAGAGGCGGCCGCGGUGGACUCGGAGGCUGUCUGCCAGCACCUGUUCACCAGCGUCCUGGCUGAUCUCUUCCCCAACCCCAUGCUGGCCUUCGAGUUUGCCCAGUUCUGCAGGGACAGCCUUCACCUCUUCAACCCAGACCAGGGCACCUUCAAGCUCAGCUUCCCGAACCUCUUCAAGCUCCUGGCCUGGCACAGCCCGGCCCUCACCUCAGAGUUCGUGGUGUUGCUCCCGGCGCUGGUUGACGCCAGCACCGCCGUGGAGAUGCUCCACACCCUGCUGGACCUACCAUGUCUGACUGCCGCUCUGGGUCUGCAGCUCAGCAGGUCAUCGCCAACAGCAUCAGAGCGACCGCUCUGGGAUGUCUCCCUCCGGCCCACCAGCUGCCUGGAGGGCUUCCGGGACCCUGAGUUCCAGGGUCUCUUCCAGUACCUGCUGCGCAGCAAGGCGGGGGGCGCCACAAAGAGGCUGGCUCCACUUCACCACCUGCUGCAGCCCAUGGCUAGCUGUGCCCGUGUGGUCCAGUGCGCUCAGGCCGUGCCUACCCUUCUUCAGGUGUUCUUUGCCGCAGUGACCCAGGCUCUAGCAUCCUCCCUCUCGAGUAGGGAACACCUGCCACAAUCCUGGCCCCCGCCUGCUCUGAGGAUCAGACGAGAUUCACCACAGAAGGGGCUACAGACCCCCAGCCCAUGCCAGGUGGCCAGCGGGGACCUAAGCGCCCAGUUAGCACUGGUGCUUCUGGAGAGGAGCAACUCCCUGUUCCAGGUGCCGCAGUACGAGGCCCAGGUGCACAGGGUGAUGAGCUCGCAGCUCCUGGCGCUGUGCAGGCUGCGCCCAGCCCUGGUGGUGGAGCUGGCCAGAGACCUGCUGGAGUUCGUGGGGACUGUGAGUGGCAUCCGCAGCCGGGAGAGCAUGUUCACAGCCGUGGUGUGGGCAAUCGGCGAGUACCUGGCAGUGUCAUAUGACAGGCGCUGCACCGUGGAGCAGGUCAACAGGUUCUUUGAGGCCCUGGAGGCUCUUCUCUUUGAGGUCACCCAGUCCCGCCGCUCUGCCACCCUUCCCCCAUAUCCACCGCAAGUCGUCACCGUCCUCAUGACCACACUGACCAAACUGGCAUCUCGUAGCCAAGACUUGAUCCCCAGGGUCUCUCUGCUCCUGUCCAAGCUGAGGGCCCUGCCCCAGGGUCCGGCCAUGGGCUCUGUGCCCCGGGACGAGGACACAGAUGCCAUCCGCAUGAGGGCCACAGAGCUGACCAACCUGCUCAAGAUGCCCAGCGUGGCCCAGUUCGUGUUCACACCAGGCAUGGAGGCCUCUACCCCACGUUUUCACCGUGAUGCCAACACUGCCCUGCCCCUCGCCCUGCACACAGUCAGCCGGCUGGUGGACAGGGAGGCCGGCCUCCUGCCGGCGUGAGGGCCAGGCUGCAAAUAGGAGCUUGGCGGGCCAGUCAGCAGUCAGGGGAAACUUGGGAGUAGGCUGGGCCCACAAUGCUGGCCAAGACAUGGUUACCUCCUCUGGAGGGGUCUCCUUCUAGACCUUUUUUCUGGGAUUUGUGCUGAGCAGUGCAAUCAGAAAGGUGAAACUACGCUGACAGGCCUCAGCCCUUGUACCGGACGGGAUGGGCUCUUGGUGUGUCCUUGUUUCUGGGCAGGAGAGGACACAUUGGAUAUAAAGCUCCCAUAAGUGUGUGUCAGCAACUUGGCUGUCCCUUCCCCAGCCAGGGAGCCGGAGGGGCCAGGCCACAGCCCUGAACCCAGGGCAGCACUCUGGGUGGGAGGCAUGGGCACAGGUGAGAGCCCACCAGGCAGACAUGCUGACUGCUCACAGCAUCCUAGUCCAGUCCACCUUUGUUUCUUGCCAAUAACUUGGGACUGUAGGGGCGCUGGGCCACGCUUACCUGGAGGUUCAAGGCAAGGCCCUGCAGCUUCUGAGCAGCACGGGAGCAGGGACGGGGUGGCUCCCCCCACCCAGGACCUGUCACCUGCCACCAGAAGCCGUGUUUAGAGCAAAUUCUGGUUCACUCUGGCGCUGUGUGAAGAGGGGGAGAUUCCUGAGUAGGUAAGACAUGGACUUGCCACCCUGCGUGGCCCCACCCACCGUUUCCCGCAGGUCAGGGAGCAAGCAGGAGGGUCUGGCUCCUAAACCAGCAGCCUGCAUCCAGCUCUGCGUGGGGACAAUGAGUAGCCGAGCUACCAAAGGGUCCCAUGGCUCCAUGGACCAUGCGCUCUGGCUCCUAGGGCCCCAGCACAGCUGUCCCUGCUGUGGUCACCCUACCUCACACUUUGCUCCACCAACACCCUAAAGGAGGCUGAGGGUGUCCAGGCACUGCCAAGUGACCUGCUGCCUCUCGGGCUGGGGAAUUCACUGCCUGCCCACUCCCUCCCUGGGAGGUUCUGAGGACCCAGUUGGGUAUAGCAAGUGAACGGCGGAGGGGCAGAGUUAGAAUCAAAGUAACUGCCUGUGAAAGUCAGCCUUGCGCCCCCCUGGGUGUCGCCCUGCAGCCCUCUCACAGGUGUGGUUGGCCACCGCCCACACCACCUGCAAGCACCACACUCUGAGAAUAGGAAAGAUAGUUUAUUGAAUCUGCACUCCAUAAACUCUGUAAACAUAAAGGCUCUAACAAACCUCA